AUGGUUAAGGAUAUGCCACUACUUAUGAUGGUGGAUGCGAAAUAUGUUGGUGCAAUAAUUGGGCAAGGUGGGUCGAAUAUACGGGAAAUAACUAAAGAAUCAAAAGCUCGAUGCGUUGUUGAUGUUAAUAGAACUCUUCGAGAUAAUGUUGGUAAUACCGAAAAGGUCAUCUCAAUUACGGGUCAACCAGAAAAUUGUUCUAAAGCUUGUGUAAAAAUAUUGGAGGUGGUACGAAAAGAAAAAGAGAAAGAUACUUCAACAAAUCAACGAUCUGAAAUCGAGUUAAAACUUCGUGUUCACAAUCAGUUGGUCGGAAGACUGAUUGGUAGAAAUGGCGCAACCAUUAAAAAAAUAAUGGAAGAUACAGGAGCCGUAGUUUUCGUAUCUAAUGAGCAAACAUUAUCGCGUGAAAUGGUUGGUUUGUUGCCUCAGUUUGGCGGACCAUCUAGUUUAUAUUCACCUGAAGUUAUGUCGCAUAUGGAACGAACAGUGACAAUUAAAGCCUCUGAUAUUGAUACUGCUUCAGCUGCGGAACAAAAAAUCAGUCAGAAAUUGCGCCAGAGUUAUGAAAUGGAUGUGGGUAGUCGAUUUUUGCAUUCUUCGAAUACGUUGCCUUUGAUGGCGCCUAUAGGAAAUGAUCCUAGUACCUAUCUCAAUUUGGGCCUUGCAGCAUCGCCAUCCCACCUUAAUCAUUUUCAAAAUCCUCAUUUAUCUACAUUUUCGCAAAGAACAGUGCGCAUGUGGGUUCCAAAUAAUAUGGUUGGGGCUCUUAUUGGUGCCAAGGGCGUUCAUAUUCGUAACAUGAUGCGUAUGACAGGUGUACAUAUAAGCAUUGAAGGCGGGAGAGGAACGAGUGGAGAGAGGGCAGAAAAAAAUAAUGGAAAAUCGGAUGAAAAGCAACACUCGAGUGAUGGUAAUAAUAGUGAUGAAAAAAAGAGUGAAAUUUCAACUACAGGCGACACUAUUAAAAUUAGUGAGGGUUCCGAAGAAAGAAAGAUUGAAGAAGAAGGAGAUGGGAAGAUCAUUUCGUGUAAGCAGUCGGAAAGGGAUGGUGGUUUACAUGCGCAUGAACGACUUGUCACUAUUGUUGGGAAUGAAAUGCAACAGCAUAAGACUCAGUUUUGGAUUUACCAGCGUGUAUCUGAACAGAAUUACCGAUAUCUGGAUGAAAUUCGGUUAUGUACUGAAAUUGAAGUACCUUCCAGAGUAGUUGGACGUAUCAUAGGCAAAGGAGGACAAAAUGUUCGAGAAUUGCAACGUCUGACAGGUGCACAGGUGAAGAUACCUGAUGACGGUGGCGACGAAACGAAAGAAACUGCAACAGUUCGGAUUCUGGGCAAUUUUCAGGGCUCAAAUUCUGUGCAAAACCGAUUGUUACAUCUUAUCAAUGAGUUUAAUAGUCGAGUCAUGAAUGGCCAAAAUACUUCUGUUAUUCGAGGUUGA